CGCGAAGCACGGCAACCUCCCUCGCCUGCCGCUCCGCCAGCUCCCUCUCGAGCGACGCGCACUCGUCGUUGACGCCCUUUCUCGUCUUCUUGGUCGCGUUCUUCUUCUUCUGCGUGAUCCGCGACUGCAGGUCCCGCUGCUCCUUGCGGUGCCGGGCCUGCGCCGCCUCGAGCGUCUCUGUCGUCGUCGUCGUCGGCGGCGGCGGCGGCUGAGACUGGGGUGAUGGUGUUGGUGGCUCGUCGGUGCUCAUGGCUUUUUUUUCUUUUUUUUUUCCCUCGCAGGGUCUCGGUUUUUGCGGGUUUUUGUUUUUAAUGUCCGAAGUGUGUGAUGUCCACGCAAACACGCGCACACCCGUAUAUAUAUAUAUAUGGGCGUGCUCACGCUACGUCGCAAGUGAUAGCCGAGUGACCUGGCCUCGGAUAUCGACGUGCCUCGGACAGAGAGGGCGAUCCGUGGCCGCCGCUACCCCGUCUCGUUUCGCGGUUCGUGCUGCUUUGUGCUUCCCGGUGUGGUCGAACCCCCCGGGGUGCUUUUGUGUGUGUGUGUGUGUGUGACCGUCUUGCGUCCUCGGUUUUGUAUGUGUGAUGUGCUUCUAGGGGCUGCCCUCCCACCGACUCGUGGAGAUUCGUUGCCUAGAUGACGCAGAGGUAGACCCUGUACGGGCUUCGGGCUAGGUCUUCUGUGUUGCUCGACCUGUCGUCGUCGUCGUCGCUGCUGAGUGAUCGCUCCGCUUUGGGGUAGGUGGAAGAUCGACCUGUCGGGGCCACCGCUUGAGAUUCUACAAAUCUUUUCGUCUCCUGGCCUGAGGAAAUGGUUCUGGUUAUGCUGUCUGCUGCAAGCAAGUCGUUCGUGUUCUAUCAAAUCGUGUACGAGGGGCAGCUUGCUCGAGCUGGUGGGUU